AUGUACAUCAAAGAAUACGACGAGGCCGCGCUGCCAUAUCUGCCUUAUCCUCCUUUGCUCGCGGCACAUUCGCCUUUCCAAUAUUCGUCCAUACCAAACAUAGUGCCUUUUACUACCAAUGCCCACUCCAACCUCUUCGACGGCUCUAUUGACUGGAAUGACCCUGCGCUAUAUCAUUCACUUCCGUCUCUUUCAGACCUGCUAGAUGGCCACCCUAGCAUGCAAGACACACUCUUGCCUGCAGUACCUCGAAACGACAUGCCAAACACGUCUCCUAGCACGGGUACAUCAUCCCACACUAACCAGGACAAUUUCUUGCCUUCUGUACCUCGAAACGACGUGCCAAACACGUCACCUAGCAUGGGCGCAUCACCCCACACGGACCGGGACACGUUGUGUCAGGACACACCAUCUAACUCACGUUCAGAUACCACAGAGAUCGCUCCUGAUGCCAACAACUCCUCCUGGAGUGCAAGAAAUCCAAACCGUCCUGCACUGACCCCCCAUGCUCCGCUGAAUGCAGCUCAGAAGGCUCAAGCGAAGGCAUGGAAAGCCUCCUGCAAGCUUUCUGCUGAACAGCAGAAGGAGGCUGAAGACACGCUAACUACUGCAAUUCAACGGCUCCUGGCAGACAAAAACGAGAAGAUUAGCACCCUUGCUCUCGAACACAGCGUGACUACGGACAAGGUUAAAAAACUCAUGGGAGGCGUGAAAUACCACAAGGCAAAUCGGAACGUACAACUAGCUAAUGCCCUUAUACAUGCAAAAGCACAGGAGGUCAACGCAGACCGACCUCAUGGUGCGAAAUAUUCGCUUGAUGAGAUCCGAGACCUGGUGAAGGAGGAUCAUAGUAUGCACAAUCUGACCUCCGAGGAACAACAGGAAUACAUCAGCAAACUCAAUGAGCACCGUGCUCUUCAAAAUAUGAGUGUUCGCGCAACUAACACCGCCGCAGCGCAUGAUGUCCAGUCAACAUUGGACAAUGUCUUCAAGAUGCUUGAUAGCCUUGCAGUUCGAACGGGGGUUUACGCAUGUCUCUUCGCCUCACGUGGACAUGUAUAUGACACCACCCAGGCAACAUGGUUCGGGACGGAUAAUAUUAUGGACUUCUGGGAGGAUGUCCUCCAAAUGGAGGCCGAUGAAAUCACACGAAAGCUGGAGCAAUGGGCGUGCAUGUCAGACAUCGACGAGCGCGAGACAGUGCAGAUCAUGCAACGUGUUUGCACUCGUCUGCUUAAUUCAGGGCUAAGAACUAUAAUCAAGAGACGCGAGGUUCGCAUCAACUACGCAAACUUCGGUACCACCAUCAAAGAAAAACUUGGCAUCGAUCUGAAAGGUUGGCCCGAAGGCAUCCCAUUCCAAUCCCCCACCAGCCUCAACGAUCUCAAUGCCCUUCUGAAGCUUCGCAACGCGCUUAAAGAUGGCUCUUGCCAUUGGUUCUGCAUGUCCCCACGCCAAAGGGAGGAAUAUAGCACUCAGCUAACCGCACGCCGCAAGAGGGGAGAGACCAUCGGUAAGCCCCACAAGAAGCGUUCUGAUGCUGGAUUAGCACGAAAACGCAAUGGAAAGGAGAACGGACGCCCGAGAAAGCAUGCACGAGGGUCUGGGUCGUCCGUACAGCCUCCAAAGAGUGCAGAGUUUGUGGUUACAUCUGACGAGGAGGACACCAGCGAUGAUGAAGCUUAG